GAAAAGGUCAACACAUACUCAAAAAAUAGUCCCCAGACUAUUUUUGGAGCAUGUUUUGACUAUUUUUGGGGUAUUUUUUGUUUUUUUCGUUUGAAAAUCCUCCUGUAAAGGGACAGGCCCGACUUAAUCCUUGUCAUCAUCGGAAUUGUCAUUCUCACGUGGCCGCUUGGGUUCAACCCGUGCCCGGCCAGCGUUAGCCCACACACUCGCAGAGGAAGAAACAACCGGCAUGUGCUAAGUGCCAGUAGCAGGCGCCCUGGGGUGCGUCGCGCUUACGCGCUGCCUUGCUUCAUAUGUCGAGCCUGCCAACGACAGGCAACAGCCACAGCUUCUGCACCAGCGCCGCCAAUGGCGCCAGCAGUGCCGGUGUCCUCAAUGCGUCGAGUGCCCCAGUUGGCGGCACCAUGGCGACGCCUUCGUGGGCUCGCGCUGUGGCGCUAGCGCUCGGGAUGUUGCUGUCCGUGCUCUUCGUGGUCGCGACCACGGUGCCCGAAGCGUGUGUGGGCCCUGCCGAGGUUAGCGGCGCAUUCGUUGAGGCUUGCACUCGGUUUCUUCCAGUGGACGUGGGCAACUCCGAGGCGAUGCAGGUGUUCGUCAUCAUGGGGAUCGCUGCAUCCACUGGAAGGAUUGUCUCAACAUGAGUCCAGUCAACGGCGCUAGGGUCAUCAUUGCGAUCAUCAUCAUCAUCAUCAUCAUCAUCAUCAUCAU